GAAACAAAGCAAAUCUAUCCUAUCGGUUCAUCAAAUCCAACGUCAACAUACAUGCGUUAUCUUCACGUACCUUCUGACACGUGUGUAGACCGACAUACCACACGUGUCAUCCAGCCAAAUAUUGGGCAUAUGGGCCCAUUUAUAACAACGAAGCCCAAGGGACUAGGAAAGCUCUAUCACCGGUCUACGACGAGACCCAAAUGGAUUAUGGAUCUGACAUGGGCACAUGGCAUUGGAUGAUUAGUGGGCUUUAAUAGCCCAAAAAGUUUGUACUCAGGCCUAUAUGGCCCAGCUAGGAGAUGGCGGAAGAAUUACCCAGGCCUGGUUGGGGGAGAAGAGAAAAAACGAAAUGCUGUUCUUCCUUCAUGAUUCAUGAAAUCUGCAAGUUGGAUUCUUUGAGCGUCGCAUUCUCAGAGGUGCAGUACGUGAAGCCCUGCAACUUGUUUUCAUAAUUUGUUGAAGAUGAAAGCUCUGGAACGGGGACGGUUGCUGGGUGUAGAUGUUGGCAAUAAGUAUGUCGGGUUAGCAGUUUCAGACCCUUGUAAUAAAAUCGCAUCACUUCUAAGGUAUGAUGUGAUAUCUGCAUAUGAUCAAGCCGGCGAAGUUGUUAUGAGUCUGCAUGUGUUUUCAAGUUUCGGGUCAUUGUUUGCAUAUUGUCAAGUAAUAUACUUUGAAUUUCGUACAUGUGGGGUAGUGGGGUUUAUUGUUAUUGUUGAAUGCUAACAUUCAAGUUUUGGGAUUACCAAGUUGUCACUAUUGGCCCCAGCAUCCCCUCUGUAAGAAUUAUCUGAAAUCUUUGAUGUUGAGUAGUUGUCUCAGUGUUAAGGAAUUCUGGGUAAUGGGUGUUCACAUCACAAGCUGUUGAGAUAACUGUUGGCCUUCCUUUAAUGUUCUCUUCCAAGCUUAAUUCUGGUUUGUGAUUGGUAUUCAGGUUAAUUUUAUGUAUGUCUGCAGUGUUCUGCUUUGAAAGAAAACAAAUAUGGAUUUGAUGGCUGCUGAUUUUCAAAGUCUGGUAAGGUUGUCAUUCAAUUGGCUUGAUAAACACUUGGACUUUAGUAUGGAAACUGAAGCAAUGGUUGUGACCUCAAAAUAUAUGAAAGAGUAUCCUUUGAACAAAAGUGACUGCUUAUGAUGAUUGGACUCCUUUGAAUGUCAAUGAAUAAGUGAGGCUGGAUUUUGGAAUGCUUGUUCCUUCCAAGAUUGUGGCAUGAGAGAGGGAUUUGUUUAGGUUCCUUGUUUUUUUAGUGGGGAUGAUGGAUGUGGCCUCUGGGCUCUGGUAGGGAGAGGGAAAAGUUCUCCUGGUGUAAAAGCAUGCUUUAUUGUGAUUAAAAUCACUUGUAUUUGUUAGUUCUCUCUGCAUCUGUGUCUCUCUUUCUACAUUGCAGCAUGGAGCAUCCUUACAUUGUUCCUUUUCAUUAAUCCUCUGCUUUUGUCACUCCUGUAAUUCAACAAUUAAGGUGUCUGAUGUGACUGACUUCAUUUUGUGUACCUUUAUGAUCUGAUAAUUAUAAUAGUCAUCACUCUAAUCAAUUCCUCACAUCAACUCUAUGGUUGCAUUAUGAUCAUAGUUGCCUUUUAGCUGUGUUGUGAUUAGUUGUAUAAAUCAUGUUUAGGUGU